AGAGAGCACCAGAGAGAUAGAGAGAGGCAGGAACGGAGAGGGAGGGGAGCGAUGCUAGACAGCAAGGCGACUUUAAACAGGUUUUAACAUAGCUGCGGAGAGAACGUCAUUAGUCCGUAAGAUAUCGGGAGUCCAUCGCAUACUCGCAGGCAAUCGAAACAGAACUAAAUGUGGAACUCGACAUGAUAUUAUUAUGGUAAACGUUUUUGGGGAACAUUUGUGAUCGCCUGCUUGCGCCGACGCGGUUACUGGAUGAAGAGGACCGAAGUUAUGCUGAAAACGGGCUGCAUUUGACAAGGAAAGUGAAUUUUUAUCAAGCUUGGUGUGAGAUCAUCUUGCUGUCCAUUCAGGGGGGUCUAAUUUUGGGGAAAACCCUUCCAAGUGUACGAAAUCAUCGCGCGUAAUUCCGCCGCUAUGGAUUAUUCUAAACUCCGCCGUGCGUUUUUUUUGUUCCUGUGUCUUUCUCUAAACCUGGGAUUUAUCAGCGUCGAAGGACAACAUGACCGAGGAAUGUCUAUUCCGGAGCAUGGAUUUUGCCAACCUAUUUCCAUUCCACUGUGUACGGACAUUGCUUACAACGAGACCAUCAUGCCCAACUUGCUGGGACACACCAACCAAGAGGACGCGGGGCUCGAGGUGCACCAGUUCUACCCGCUCGUCAAAGUCCAGUGCUCUCCCGAUCUCAAGUUUUUCCUGUGCUCCAUGUACGCGCCCGUGUGCACGGUGCUAGAGCAGGCGCUGCCGCCGUGCAGGUCGCUGUGCGAGAGAGCCAGGCAGGGCUGCGAGGCGCUCAUGAACAAAUUCGGGUUCCAGUGGCCGGACAGCCUCGCCUGCGAGAUCUUCCCCGUUCACGGGGCGGACGAGUUGUGCGUCGGACAGAAUGUAUCCGGCAAGAGCGCCCCGGCGAACCCAACCCCGGAGCCGACCCCUUUCGAUAACCGGCCGUUGAGAUGGCAGUUUAAGUGCCCGACCUCUCUGCAAGUUCCCCCUUAUCUAAACUACCGUUUCCUGGGUCAGGACGACUGCGGUGCUCCAUGCGAGCCCAAGAGAUCGCACGGGAUGAUGUACUUCAACGAAGAGGAGCUGAAGUUCGCCCGGAUAUGGAUCGCCAUCUGGUCCGUGUUGUGCUGCGCCUCCACCCUGUUCACCGUGCUCACCUACCUGGUGGACAUGAAGCGCUUCAGCUACCCGGAGCGCCCCAUCAUCUUCCUAUCGGGCUGCUAUACCAUGGUGUCCAUCGCCUACAUCGCCGGCUUCCUUCUGGGCGACAAGGUGUCGUGCAACGACCGUUUCGACAACGACAUCCGCACGGUGGUGCAGGGCACCAAGAAGGAAGGCUGCACCAUUCUCUUCAUGAUGCUCUAUUUCUUCAGCAUGGCCUCGUCCAUCUGGUGGGUGAUCCUGGCCCUCACCUGGUUCCUGGCGGCGGGCAUGAAGUGGGGCCACGAGGCCAUCGAGGCCAACUCCCAGUACUUCCACCUGGCCGCGUGGGCGGUGCCGGCGGUGAAGACCAUCACCAUCCUGGCUGUGGGCCAGGUCGACGGCGAUACGCUGAGCGGCGUGUGCUUCGUUGGCGUGAACAGCGUGGACGCGCUGCGCGGCUUCGUGCUGGCGCCGCUCUUUGUGUACCUGUUUGUCGGCACGUCCUUCCUGCUGGCCGGGUUCGUGUCACUGUUCCGGAUCCGCACCAUCAUGAAGCACGACGGCACCAAGACGGAGAAGCUAGAGAAGCUGAUGGUUCGCAUCGGCGUGUUCUCUGUGCUGUACACGGUCCCCGCCACCAUCGUCAUCGCCUGCUACUUCUACGAGCAGGCUUUCCGGGAACAGUGGGAGCGCACGUGGAUCAGCCAGACGUGCAAGAGCUACGCGGUGCCGUGCCCGGCGCAGAACCACCCCAACGUCAGCCCGGACUUCACGGUGUUCAUGAUCAAAUACCUGAUGACGCUCAUAGUGGGCAUCACUUCGGGGUUCUGGAUCUGGUCGGGGAAGACGCUCAACUCCUGGAGGAGGUUCUACACGAGACUGGCCAGCAACAAACAGGGGGAGACCACUGUGUGAUGGGAUGGUUGGGGACCGAUCGACCCAAAGGGGUGAGGUCAAUUGUGGACUACAGACUGUUGACAAACUGAAUGAUAAUCCUUUUUUUGUUUUUUUAUCUGGUGUUUUAAAAUCUGGUUUUGUAGACUCGUUUGAAGAUACGUGUCGGUGUGUUGUUUUUUUGUUUUUAAUGUUUUUGUAAUUUUUAAAUGUACAUAAAAAAAGUGAUUUCUUUUUGUAAGUAUAUAUUUGUAUUUAAAUAUCAAAAAGAUAUUGUUAUUUUCUCAACAAAAGAAAACACCUUUACAGCUACACUUUGUGUUGCUAUGUACUUUGGGAGUAGGCCUACAAAAGCCAAGGCUAAGGAGGGCUAUGUACUCAUGGGGGCUCAUUAGCUAGUCGGACACCGAGGACAAAAAAGGCCUCGGUCAAGCCUUCGAUCAAGGGGUGCUUUUGGGCUGUGUGGACUCGUACUCGCGGCGACAGUCCCGUGAACAGUGAGUGCUUCCACGUGGCUCGCCGCUCACGCUGGCUAAUCGACUGAAUCCUUUUGUUUAGAGGAGAGCUGAUGGCCGCCCGGCUCCACUGGGUCAGUAAGUAUGCAUCCAUGUUUGUGUUGGACCACAGCGACAAAACCAAACAAAAGGACCGGAGCUUUCCGGAAUGUGGGUCGUGUGUCGUUUUACAAGUGUUUUAAACUUGUAUUUCCAGCUACGAACUAAAGCAUUAUUUACCAAAAGCAAAGCGUGAAUAAUUGCAUCAAAGUUGUAGGCAAUGUUUUUUGGCAACAAAUUAUCUUUUUUUUUAAAUCUCAUAUUUCAUAUUGAAAAAAAAAACAGUUGGUUUUAAAAGACUAUACCCUCAUGAAACAGAAAUCCUAGCUUUUGUUGAGCUCUCCAUUUGUAACAAAGCACUUGUCGUCCUGUUGGAUCAGAACAAUAUGUAAACCCAGAUAAAUUAACUUGGCUACACCUAUUAACUUCCAGGUAACUCCACUUAUCUUCCCUGAUCGUCUGGCUCACGGCCAAGGGGGGGCAACCUUAAGCGGAUGCCACUUCCUAUGUUUCAAACUCACAAAAAGUGAAGAAAGGAGAACCAAAACACAAAGCAGCUGCAUCGGAUAGCUAGCGCUGGUGAUUAUGUAGAAACUGGCCUGACCUGUCUCACGCCCACCAUGUAGCAUUUCCUACUGCCUGGGCAGGACAGAUAGUGGGAACAGCUAUAGCAAGUGGACGCCUUACGUUUGAACUGAAUCAAAAGAGGCGAAUAUCGUGAGAUUGACCCGUUCCAACCGACGAUCACGUUGUAGGCCUACAUUUUGAUAUUGAUAAGGAUGUAUUUGAUGCGGCCUGCCAGCCAACAGUCUUCCGUUUUUCAAAUGUGUUGAUUUUAUGAUAAUCCAGGAUUGAUGAGAGGCUUUUAAUGUUUGUUUCUGCAUUUGCUAUCAAAAAGUACUUUUUAUAUUUAUAGGGAAAAAAAUGUCUUGCAUAUAUCCACAAUGAGUACUUUCAGAAUAAAAGCCUCAUCCUUGCAACUGUAA